AUGGCCACUAUCACCGAAGAAAUGCUGGAAGGACUUCUAGUGACGGUGGUCAUUGCUGUCUUUCUAUACGGGGUCGCAACUGCACAAGUGUACUUUUAUUGGCUGAAUUUCGCCAAUGACUCUUUGUGGAUCCGUAGUACAGUUUUACUUGUUUGGGGGCUAGAAACUAUCCACACUGGCAUGUGUGUGAAGAUGAUUACUGAGUACACCAUUGUCGACUUCGGGGACCUGCCCGCUGUCGCGCAUAUUAUAUGGAGUGCUGGUGUUACGGUCAUGCUAUCUGUGCUUAUAGCGGCUGUAGUACAGACAUUCUUUAUACGCCGUAUCUGGAUCUUGAGCCGACGAUUUAAGUUGGUUACUGUUGUCCCCGGAGUUCUGCUGUUUAUUCGUGUCGCGUUCGGACUUGCUACUGCUUCUCUCUCGUAUCUUCUUCCAGCCUGGAUCGAAUUUCGUGCGAGUAUCGGGCCUCUUUUCACUGUCACGUGCGGCCUUAGCCUUUCUGCCCUUGUAGAUCUGAUUGUAGCAACGGUAUCAAUAUACUACCUAUGGCACAGUAGGACAGGCUUUGAGCGAACGGACCACAUUAUCCGAUCGUUGAUUACAUACGUCGUCAACACGGGUGCACUCACUAUGGUGGUCUCUGUCUCCACGCUGCUCACUUUCGUUCUGCUCAGCGACAAUCUCAUAUUCGUGGGACUGGCAGCGGUCCAGAGCAAGCUAUACGCCAACUCCUUCAUGGCGACAUUGAACGCGAGGAAGCUCAGGAUCUGCGGGGAGGCUUCAGUCCAGGCGUAUAACUCCAAUUCUAUCGAGCUCGGCCCUACGAGGGGCGAAGGAGCGCAAACCGACCAUAAAACGAGGAAGCCCAUCGAAAUCUUCCAGCACACUACAAAUAUCAGCGACGCCAUCGGAGGUUCCGUCAUCGAAACAAACUCUGUCGCACAGCUCAAGGUCGUCCGUUCCUCCAGCGAGCUAGGCGAGACAUAUCAGAAGCCCCCGUCCCUCGUCUAA